ACCCGUUUAUUAUCCACUUAGCCAGUUAGCCUCUCCAGUUUUCCAAGAAACGCUUCGGCUUGACCGAAUUGUUGUUGGCUGCUCGCAGUGAUGAUGGCAGAUUGAAAAGAGCCCACAAAAUUCUGUGGGAGAAACCCAUUAAUCUUGCAGUAUUCUGGUAUUAAUUAAUAUCUGAAUUUGACAUGGGUUUUACGGCAUAUGGUGUCUUUUCUUGUUCCAUUCAAACAUCUCCAUUAAGCAAUACUAUUCGAAGAAUCCAUCACUACCCUUUAAAUUGUGUUUUUCCCUUGCAAAAAGUUACCAUUUUUGGGUACGGUGAAUUGGGUUUUAAGCCAUUAUUAGCUGUGAGUAAUGUAGCAGCUGAGAAGGGUAGUGCUGAAAACCAAGCUAAUGAUAAACCCAGGUAUAAGUGGGUUAAGAUAGGCUCUGAUAUUACUGAGGUACAGAAACAGGCUAUUUUGAAGCUCCCACCAAAGAUGGCAAAUAGAUGUAAGGCAUUAAUGCAACAGAUCAUUUGCUAUUCAGCUGAAAAGGGUAGUGUGUCACUCUUGUUAGAGGCUUGGGUGAAGAGUAUGAAGCCCGAGAGAGCUGAUUGGCUUGAGGCACUCAAAGAAUUGGACAGGCUGAAUCAUCCCUUGUAUUUUGAGGUAGCUGAAGUGUCCCUCUUAGAAGAAUCAUUUGAAGCCAAUGUUCGUGAUUACACCAAGUUAAUUCAUGGCUAUGCAAAGCAGAAUCGGCUGAGAGAAGCUGAAAGUAUGCUCUUAGCCAUGAAGACUAGAGGCUUCACAUGUGAUCAGGUGGUUCUCACGGCUUUAGUUCACAUGUAUAGCAAGGCUGGUAACCUUAAGAUGGCUGAAGAUACUUUUGAAGAGAUGAGGUUGCUUGGAGUAGCAUUAGAUAAGAGAUCCUAUGGGUCAAUGAUCAUGGCCUACGUCAGAGCUGGAAUGCUUGGCGAGGGAGAGGCUUUACUGAGGGAAAUGGAAGAACAAGAGAUCUAUGCUGGAAGAGAAGUUUAUAAAGCAAUUCUGAGAGCCUAUUCGAUGAUUGGUGAUAGCAAAGGAGCUCAAAGGGUCUUUGAUACUCUUCAGUUAGCAGGAAUAAUCCCUGAUGCGACCGUCUGUGGGCUGCUUAUGAAUGCCUAUGUUGUGGCUGGUCAACUGAGCGAGGCUUGUAUUGCGUUUGAAAAUUUGAGAAGAGCUGGCAUAGAACCUAAUGACAAGUGUAUCGCACUGCUGUUGUCAGCUUAUGAAACCGAAAACAACCUGAGCAAGGCACUUGAUGUUUUGAUGAAUUUGGAGAGGGAUGGUGUUGUGCUUGGUAGAGAAGCUUCCGAAAUAUUGGCUCGUUGGUUCAAGAAACUUGGGGUAGUUGGAGAAGUGGAGCUUGUGUUGAGAGAAUUUAUGCAUCAAACUUAGUGUAUUAAGAAUACCGAUGCUUUCUGCUGUAGUCUGAAGUUUCUCUCCGUUGCAUCUGUUUGAGAACUAGUCUUGGUUCCUAUCUACGGGUAUGUAACUUCUUUCGCUUAAGAAACUUUGUUUGCUAAAUCUGUCUUCAGUAACUCCGGCCAAUCCCUGCCUCCACAUAAGAAAAAAGGGGCUAGUAAAACAAAGAGAACUGGAAACAAGAGCUGGCUUUUUUCAUUCUGACUUGGUGAAUAUACUCGUAAAUCUGCAUGCUUGCAUAUGUUCAAGCACAAGAUAAUCUCGUGGGCGACACAUAUGUCAAGCUUUUCGAGCCUAGUGUUUGAGUUUAAAUUUUUGGCUUUGGUUCAGGUAUCUUCACACUAUGCUGUAAGUCGAUACAACAUACUGCCCAGGAAAGUAUCACAAGUUACAGCUGCUUGUUUCAACAAAACAAGCAGAGAGUAUGUUUUUCAUAUUUCUGGUAAGAGCUUGAGGGCAACAAGCAGCUUUUCAUGUAUGUAAGCAACUCUCAAUUACUGGAACAACGGUGUACAUAAAAGGUGAUGGCUCUGUCCCAACUCCCAAGUGUUGGUUGAUCAUCUUCUUUCAGCUUCAGUUUUUAGUUAUGUGAAACCUUUCCUUGAGUUGGUUCAUCCUGAGUUGUAACCCUUAUUUUUGUUGAACCUAAGCCAGUAACAAAAAUCCAAGUGUUUGAUUAGAGAAAUAUUAUUAAGAAAAGUACGUGUACUUCAGAUCAGGAAACAUACAGCGAAUGCCAAAAUCUGUCAUUUUGAUUACUUCUUAUUGCAUACUUAAGGGCAGGACGA